AUGGCAGACGAGCCAAGUUCACCCAAGGACGUUCCCCAGGUCAUGGCCACCGAAGCUCCCAAGGCCGAGACUUCAGCACCACCUUCCGUCUCUAGUGGGGAGAACAACAAUGAGAAGGCCGCAGCUCACACGGCCACCACGGUCGACCUCGACCGUGUUGGUGAGACGGAUGGCUACGUGCUCGAUGAAGCUCGCAUUCGCGAAAAGCUGGGACUUGCGCCCGAUGUUCCCCUCAAGAAAUCGAGCGACGGCAAGGUCUUGAUUCCCCAGCCCACCGCGGACCCUGAAGACCCGUUAAAUUGGUCGAGCUGGAAAAAAGCAGCCAUCUUGGUGGUGAUUGCGGUCAACGCUGCAACUUCGGAUUACUCUGCCGCCACCGGCGCAAGUGCUCUCAUUCCCCAGGCGACGCAAUGGCGCAUAGAUCCCAAUGAAGUCAACCAUGCCACAGCUGGUAACACAUUCAUGCUGGGCGUCGGCGGUAUUCUGACUGUCUGGCUGUCUGCCUGGAUUGGUCGCCUUCCCGUCCUCUUCUGGUUUGGAUGUCUGUCUGCCGGUACCGCUGCCUGGUCUGCCGCUGCCAAGUCCUUCGAAUCAUACAUGGCGUCCCGUAUCUUGAACGGCAUGUUUGCUGUUGCAGGCGCAGGUGGUGGUCUGAUGUGGAUCAAGGACGUCUGGUUCUUCCACGAGCAUGCCAGAAAGAUCAAUAUCUGGAGUACUGCCAUUAUCUUGUCCCCCUUCCUAGGUCCGCAGUUCAUGGCCGCCAUCCUCAGUGUGAGCACAUGGAGGACAGGAAUGUGGUUAAACUUCGGCAUCAUCACAUUGGGAUUGGCUUUGACGGUUAUUCUUGGGGACGAGACAUUCUACCCAAGACAUCUGAUGCCAGAUCGAGUCCCCAAGCGCAAGAAUCGUCUUCUCCGAGUCGUCGGUGUUGAACAGUACAAGACCAAGUACACCACCAACACUUUCCUGGAAGCUGGAAGCCGAUUAGGAUACACAGUGCUCAAGCUGCCGGUGUUCCUGACUUGCCUCUUCUACUUCUUUGACUUCCCAUGGACGAUUGGAAACAAUACCACCAUCUCCGUCUUCAUCAUUCCUGCGUAUAACUUUGACUUCCGUAACCUCGCGGCCGUCUACACGGCUCCCGUCGUCGGCGCGAUCCUGGGACUUGUCAUUGGUCACUUCAUGUUCGAUUUCAUUGCCAAACUGUGGGCGAAGCGCCACAACGGAAUCAUCGCACCCGAAAACAGACUGGUCAUCUUGUGGCUCGUGCUGCCGUUCAAGCUCAUCGGCUACAACCUGAUCGGCACGACCUUGCAUCAUGCUCCCGCCUGGUCUUACUGGGUUCUGGUGGUGGGGUGGGGAAUGCACAACUUCGCCACAAUUGUCACCACCUCGGCGGUGGGCGCGUACUUGCUGGACGCGUACCCGGAGGCAGCUGGUGAAUGUGCGGCCUUGCUCAACUUUGCUCGAACACUGGGUGGAUUCAUCAUCGGAUAUAUCCAGAUCAACUGGGCCACCAAAGCUGGUACACAGACAGAAUAUGGCAUCCAAAGUGGUAUCAUGGGCGCCGCAUUCUUCGUGGUCGUGUUCCUGCAAUUCUUCGGAGCCAAAUUGAGGCACGCACAAGGACCGUUGAACUUCAAGACUUACUAG